AUGACGUCAAACAAGCGAUUUGAUUCUAAUCAACCAACACAUUGGCAUGAAUGUGCUGAACAAUUUGAGGAAGACUCAGACGAUGAAGGUGGUGAUAUGACCAAUGAUCCAGAAAACUUAGAAAUACCAGAUGGUCUUCAAAGCAGCUCAGAAGAAUCAGAUGGUGUUCCAAUUGAAAACGAUUCCGGUGAUGAAUCUGAUAGAAGCUACGCUGAAACCGAACAUACCAGCAACGAAGAACCACCAAAACGUCGACCUAAACGUGAACCACUAUUGGAGCGACCUGAGGUGAAAAUAUUUUCAACAAGGUCUGGGCGACAAUGGACUACAGAAGAGCCUCCAAAACGAAAAGUGGCACAGGCAAAUAUUACAAAGCAACGAAGUGGUGCUGGACGACCAGCGACAAAUAUUCAAACUGUGAAAGAAGCAUUUCAACUUCUGAUCACGCAAGGAAUGACUCUUCUUCUUGUUAGAGGAAUUAAUCGACGGGCUCAUCUGGUCAUAAAACAAUGGAAGGAUCAAAAUCCUGGCAAAGAACAUCAAUGGAAGGAAACAGAUAGCGAAGAAAUAUGGGCUUUCAUAGGAAUCUUGAUCCUUGCAGGUGUUCAUAGAUCCAAAAAUGAAGAUCUCGACGAUUUAUGGUCGACAAUCAAUGGACCACCAAUAUUUCGAGCAACUAUGGCAAAGAAUCGCUUCAAAAGCUUGCUUCGUUUUUGCCGGUUCGACACUAUAACCACUAGAGACCAAAGAUUGAAAGAAGAUAAAUUAGCUCCAAUCAGAGAUUUAUGGGUGAUGUUCUUAGCUCAACUGCGAAUACGUUACACGCCUGGUGAAUCUCUAACUGUCGAUGAACAACUUAUUUCUACUCGUGGUCAUUGCCGUCUUCUUCAAUAUAAUCCAAGCAAGCCUGGCAAGUAUGGGCUGAAGAUAUUUUGGUGUUGUGGUUCAAGCACGGCAUAUCCACUGAGCGGUGAGGUUUAUCUUGGGUGCCAGUCUAAAACAGCAGCUGCAGCUAAGAAUACAAAUUGUAUCCGUGAUCUGGUGAAACGACUGGUGCAUCCAUGGAUCAACAGUGGUAGGACAGUGACCACAGAUAACUAUUUUACUAGUGUAGAAUUGGCUGAAGAUCUUUUGGGACUCAACACUACUCUUGUUGGAACUAUGCAACGAAAUAAAAAGGAAAUUCCACGUGAGCUGCAGCCAGAUCGUCAACGUCCUGAACAAUCAUCAAUAUUUUGUUUUGAUCGGCAACUAACAUUGGUUAGCUAUGUACCAAAACAAUGA